GUAUUCAAUUUGGAUGGGCGCUGCAACUCUCUCUGCUCACUCCAUAUGUACAGACCCUUGGAAUUCCACACGUGUGGGCAUCGUUUGUGUGGCUCUGCGGUCCCAUCUCUGGCCUUCUGGUGCAACCGUUAGUGGGCGUGUGGAGUGACUCGUGCCGAUCGCCCUGGGGCAGGAGACGACCUUUUAUCUUCACCGGUGCACUGCUAGUCAUGGCUGCUGUGUUGAUAAUUGGCUUCAGUGCUGACCUAGGCUACCUUCUAGGGGACGAGCUGCAUCCUCAGGGCGGCACUCGCCCCAUCGCGUGCGCUCUCUUUGUCUUUGGCUUCUGGUGCUUAGAUCUCAGUAACAACACCGUGCAGGCCCCUGCCAGGGCUCUUGUCGCCGAUCUCACAGCGCCCAGCAGUCAGCUGGAAGCAGCCAACGCAUGGUACUCCUUCUGGAUGGCCCACGCUGCAUCAUACAGCAUCCUCCUCCUAGCCAGAUACCUCAUCUAUCAAACCUUCUUGCGCCUUCUCUCUUCUUCUUGCACCUGCCUCUUCUCACUUUCCUGUCAGCCCCAGCAGUCAGCUGGAAGCAGCCAACGCGUGGUACUCCUUCUGGAUGGCCGUGGGCAGCGUGAUGGGCUACUCUACAGGCGCCAUAGGCCAAUGAUGGUUCCCCGUGCUCACCAGCGAUGCCUGUGGGGAGCCCUAUGGUUCCCCGUGCUCACCAGCGAUGCCUGUGGGGAGCCCUGUGCUAACCUUAAGGCUGCCUUCCUUCUUGCCAUUGUGGUUCUAUCAGUCUGCACAUUCAUCACCAUGCGGUCAGCAAAAGAGCAGCCACUCACGCCCAUCCCCUCCCCCGCCUCCUCGCCCACACUCUCCCUCACCUCCAUACACCACUCUGCUCUCCCGUCCGAUAUCGGCGAAUCCGAACCCGCUACUGGGAUUCAUGGGGGCAGUGGGGGCAGUGGGGGCGGUGGCAGCAAGGGGUUUGGCAAUGGGGUGGGACUGGUGGGUUCGGGCCAUAAGAGCAGUGCUGGUGCUUCUUCUAGUGCCGCUGCUGGUGCUGCUGGUGCUGCUGGUGCUGCUGCUGGUGCUGCUGCAUUCUGUGACUCUAGUUCUCAGGCAGCAGCGUAUGAGACUGGGGAGGCAGCUAUUGUGAGAGGGACGGAAGCAGAUCACUUUACGACCGUUGAUCUAAACUCGUAUCCCAACUCCCCAGGAUCUCUUGACCCUGCUGAUCUUGCCUCCCUCCCUGCUGCCACUGCCGGUGGUGCCGCUGCUACCAGAACAGCAGCAGAUGCCAGUCCCGAAGAGCCUGUUAUAGAAGAGUACAUAGGGAGUAUUUCCCUCAAUCGGAGCACCAACAGGGUGGAUUUGCUGGUGGGCAUUCGUCUCAUGCCCAAGUCCAUGUGGCUAGUGCUCUCUGUCAUGGCCCUCACAUGGAUGGCCUGGUUCCCCUUCUUCCUAUUCGACACGGACUGGAUGGGCAGGGAGGUCUACCGAGGCGAGCCCAGCAGCGCCGACCCUGCAGCGGUGGUUCGGUACCAAGCCGGCGUCAGGGACGGCGCCCUCGGCCUCCUCCUCUUUUCUAUGGUGCAAGCACUCACUGCGUUCUCUCUCGAUCCCAUCUGCAUCCGCUUUGGUCCAGCGCUGCCCUCCACGGCUCUUCGUGCUGCUGCGCUCUCUGUCUUCGCUCUUGCGGGAGCCUCAUUUGCCAUUACAGGAGUGGUGCCAUAUUCGAUCACAGCGGAUCAGACAGCAGGCAGUGGGGCAGGGCAAGGUCUCUCAAUGGGUAUCCUCAAUCUUGCCAUUGUCUGCCCUCAGAUCCUCGUCUCUCUCGGGGCGGGCCCCUGGGACGCUCUCUUUGGCGGCGGCAAUGUCCCUGCAUUCGUGCUGGGAGCCCUCUUUGCCGUGUCGGCUGCUGUGCUCUCAGCAGCCCGGCUAUCCAAGCUCCCUCGCUCCACCGCCUCGACUGGACUCAGACGAGAGCUGCCCAUGCACUGA